AUGGAUGGGUUCAUGGCGAGUGCGGCCACGGGGGUGAUGAGGUCCCUUCUCGCCAAGCUGGGCGAGCUGCUCGGGGAGGACUACAAGAUGCAUAGGGGCAUGAGGCGCGAGAUAGCGUUCCUCAAGGAUGAGCUGAGCAGCAUGAAUGUGCUGCUCGAGAGGCUAGCCGACUCGGAGACGCUUGAUCCGCAGACGAAGGAGUGGAGGGACCAGGUGAGGGAGAUGAGCUACGACAUUGAGGAUUGCGUCGACGAUUACAUGCGCCAGCUGCAGAAUGAGCCACAGAGGCACAGUGGGAUCACUGGAUUCUUCUUUGGGUAUGUCCAGAAAGUGAAAGAUCUUGUUACCCGCCAUGAGAUCGCCGAGCAGAUUCAGGAGCUCAAGGCUCGAAUUGUUGAGGCGAGCCACAGAAGGAAGAGGUACAAGAUUGAUGACACAGUUAAUUUUGGUGGCAUCAAUGUGAUCCCUGUGGACCGUCGGUUGCCAGCACUCUAUGCAGAAUUGGGUGGCCUUGUUGGUAUCAGUGUUCCCAGAGAUGAGGUCAUCAAGCUAGUUGAUGAUGGGGUGCAGGGGGUCAAGGUGGUGUCUAUUGUGGGUUGUGGAGGAUUAGGAAAGACUACAGUUGCAAAUCAAGUUUACAAAAACAUUGCUGAGAAAUUUGAUCGCCAAGCUUUUGUGUCGUUGUCCCAAAAUCCUGAUAUGGUGAUCAUAUUUCGGUCCAUACUGUCUCAAGUGAAGAAGGAUGAGGGUGAUAGCACCAGCUCACGUGACAAGGAACUUCUCAUUAGUGAAUUGAGGGAUUUCCUAAAAGACAAGAGGUAUCUUAUUGUAAUUGAUGACGUAUGGAGCACCCAAGCAUGGAAGACAAUUAAAUUUGCUUUGGUUGAGAAUACUUGUGGCAGUAGAAUAAUAGUGACAACAAGAAUUGGUACUAUUGCCAAAUCUUGUUCAUCCCCAUUCCAUGAUCUCAUAUUUGAAUUAAGGAUGCUAAAUGAAGAUGACUCCAAAAGGCUAUUCUUUAGAAGAAUUUUUGGCUCUGAGGACAAGUGCCCUCACCAGCUAAAAGAGGUUUCGGUUGAAAUAAUUAAGAAGUGUGGUGGUUUACCAUUGGCAAUUAUUACUAUGGCUAGUUUGUUGACUACUAAAUCAUAUACCAGAGCUGACUGGUUGAAGGUUUGUGAUUCAAUUGGUUCCGGGCUUGAGAAAAAUUCUGAUGUGGAGGAAAUGAACAUGAUAUUAUCUCUGAGUUAUAAUCACCUUCCUCAUCAUUUAAAGACUUGUUUAUUGUAUCUAAGUAUGUUUCCAGAAGAUUAUGUGAUCAAGAGGGAUUAUUUGGUAAGAAGGUGGAUAGCAGAAGGAUUCGUUAGUGCACAUGGUAGAAGAAAUUUGGAGGAUGAAGGUGAAUGCUAUUUUAAUGAACUUAUCAACAGAAGCUUAAUACAACCGGUAGAUUUCCAGUAUGAUGGUAGAGUAUAUGCAUGCCAGGUUCAUGAUAUGAUUCUUGAUCUCAUUACAUGUAAGGCAGUUGAAGAAAAUUUCGUAACUGUUGUUACUAAUAGAAAACAAAUGUUGCCCUCACAUGGCAAGGUCCACCGACUCUCACUUGAAUACCAUGAUCUUGAAAAUUUAAGAGCAAAUCCCAUUGUUACUACUCAUGUUCGGUCCCUGAACAUAUUUAGAUACUCUGAAGGAAUGCUUCCUCUUUCAGGCUUUCGCUCCCUAAGAGUGCUUGAUCUUGAUGGUAAUGAGAAUUUGGAAAACUGUUAUCUGGAAGAUAUAGGGAAGUUAUUUCAGUUGCGAUACCUACGGAUUAAGUCAAGUAAUAUUACACUUCCUGAAAGGAUAGGAGAGCUUCAGUGUUUGGUCAUACUGGAUCUUCUGAAUUGUCUUAAUCUAGGUGAAUUGCCUACAAGUAUUGUUGAACUUCGGCACUUGAAAUGGUUAAUUGUUCCUCGAAUGAACUUGCCAGAUGGAGUUGGGAACAUGCAAGUGCUAGAGUUUCUUUCACUUAUAGUUGUUGACUACACUACAUCAACAUCCUUAUUGCAAGAGCUGGGCAGCUUGACCAAAUUGAGAACUCUUGAGUUGGAUUGGCGCAUCAAUCCCCUGCACAGGGAUAAAAAAACUUAUGAGGAUAAUUUUGUUUCUUCACUUGGCAAACUAGGCAGUUCGAACCUUCGAUAUUUAACACUCAUCAGUCCAUGGCCGCUAGACUUCUUGUUGGAACCUUGGUCCCCAACUCCACAUCUCCUUCAGGAGUUAGUGAUCAAAGGAUGGCAUCUCAGCAAGAUUCCGGUGUGGAUGGUCUCGCUAACCAACCUCACCUACCUGGAUGUUGAAGUUAAAGUUAGACAGGAAACUCUCCAGAUCCUUGGAGAUUUCCCUGCCUUACAAUUCCUGAAAUUGUGCUCAAAUGCAGCAGGAUCUGAGGUAAGGUGCCUUGUCGUCAGCAACAAUGAAUUCCGAUGUUUGAAGAAGUUCAUUUUUGUUGGUUGGGUAAAUAUGAUGUUCAAAGAAGGAGCUGUUCCAGUGCUUGAAACUCUUGAAUUUCAAAUCAUAGUGCAUGAGGUGCAGACUGCAUGCAGAUUUGGUCCUCCAGAUUUCGGCAUCAGCCACCUCUCCACCCUCAGGAAUCUUGUUGUCAAUGUUCACUGCGAAGGUUCAAGAGUUAAAGAAGUGGAGGCACUAGAGGCUGCUAUCCGGAGUGCAGCCAGUAUGCUUCCUAAUUAUCCUACACUAGCUUUGCACAGAUUUCUUGAGUCAGAACUGGGCUUCUCCAGUGGCAAGCCAAAAGCGAUUCAUGAGUCCUAG